UUACAAAAUUAAGAUUCUUACAUAUCCACCGUUUUGUUAUAGCUAUAAUACAAAGUAAUAAAAGUAAAAUGCGAAGUAAUUUGAGAAAAAUUACAUACAAUUUAGAUAAAAACAUGUCGAGAAUGAGCUGAGUUAGAUCAAGUAGAAUACUCAUGCCCGCCCCAACCUAAUACAUAUCAAACACGUCCCGUAAAAUAGAUGAGGUCAAAAUUGCAAUCUAUACUUAUUUUGAACUAAAUCAUGUGAUGAAAUAACUAAUAUGAUAUAUUUGUACGGGAAAAAUUAAAAUUGUUGCAAAUCUGUUGAUAUACCCUCUUUUUUUUUUUUUACAAUAAUCUGUUGAUAUACCCAAAUAAAUAGAGUUUGGUGUUUUAAACUUUAAUGACUUGCCUAGGCCCUAGGGGUUGUGGGCUUGUAAAAAGGCGGGGAAAAAGUAAGAGUUGGUGAGUACGUAAUUUAUUGGAUUGUAAGUUUACAAUCUACAGUAUCAUUUAUAGUGGAAACAUAAAACUGCAUCCACCGUUCAAAUUUCCGUGUCCUUAGAGUGAUUUACGGGAGCUGACGUGGCUAGAAAUUCGGGCGGGAUUUUUCUUCUUCCCUGUGCAACGGCAAUAGUCCUUCCUCCGAUUCCCCCUUCUCCUUCUCACAACAAAUUCCUUCCUCCGAUUUCCCUUUUUCCCCAGGACCAAAAUUGUUUCAUCGGUCAUUCUCUGCCUCCAUUCUUGAGAACCCAUUUUUGCGAACCACCACCCCAGUUACUCGGCUCGACGACUCCACUCCUCUUUGUCGAAGAACAUACUCCUCACAUUCAUCGAUUCUUUUAUUCUCUAACAGCACAUCCACAUCUUCGGUGGCCACAUCUUUCAGUUUUGUUGGUGGGAUUCCCUUCCUAUGUAUACCCUUGAUGUCUUUGAUUUUUUCCAAUCUCUCCCUCUUCUUCUCGAUCUCACUCUCUCUCCCUGUCUAUGGUAACAAAAUGCGAGAAUGGUGGCGGGUGCUAAUUGUGUUUCUUAGGGUUUUUUUUUUUUGCCUUUUUAUCUUUGCUGCACCACGACGACCAUUGCCCAAGGGUUUAACGGGGUCCAGAGUAAUGGGUUUUGGUGAUUCUUCUCUCUCUGGUCAGUUUGUUCUUUCAUUCUUUUCUUCAAUCAAAAGGGUCUGCUUUGUCUCUUUCUCAUGGAAAUCACUUUCAUGACAAUGGUGAUACUAGGCAGCAGAGUACCUUGAAGAGUGGUGUGCUGGCAACCAAUUUCCUAGCAUGAAACUCCUCCCGUCCACUCCGCCGAUGACACAGGAUUCGAAUGCAUCUGCGCUUUGUCUUCCUCAAUCGCAGGCCCAACAUCUACUCUUGCGAUGACGGUCAUGAAGCAGCGCACCGACGGUUUCAUCAGAGUUUUCUCCCUCCGAUUGCAGACAUAGCAGUGGAUAGAUGUGAUAUUCUCUGCCCGAGACGAGGAUCUUGCAUGUGCACAUUAGUGAUAAAUCUCAAGUAAGUUUUUCAUGCCGUACAAGUGCUCAUUUGGGCUAUGUGUUUUAGGUUUUCUACUUCGUACUAUCAAGAAUGCUUAGUCUCUUCAAUUCCAUACUGUAAGUUUAUCUUAAGUGGAUUUGUGGUCAAUAUUGCAUUGAUUCCUUGGAAUAGCUCCAACUGGGAAUCUAAAAUCAAGCUCUGCAUAUAAAAAGUCAUAGUUCUGUAACCAGCAAACAUGCUCUAACUACCGCCUAUGUUCAGAAAGCAAACUUUGUAUCUAGACAAAGGAGACUAUAGACAGAAGAACUACUUAGCCACUACUACUAGAUAGAUACUAACAACAUAUGUCAACCUCCUUUUUUUACCUUUCAUCAAAGGAAAGUGAAUGUUCUAGACACUACUACUAGAUUGUUAAUGGAACUUCUCCAUUCAUAAAUUCCUUCUUAUGUUCAUAAUUUGAGAUUUACUUUGUCUUUACAUAUUACUGGUUUUGUGUUCGAAAGGAAAACCAAAUAAUUUUAUGGUUGCAUUUUGUUGAAAUAUGAUAUAUGGUAUUUUCAACAUCUGUUAGUAAUGGGUCAACUUUGGUUGUUACUGCUCCAUUGUUGUCUUCUUAAAUGCUAUUUUCUUUAAUUGGUAGGAAUAUGGAUAGGAUUUUGUCGUGUUAGACAUAGUUGUCAGCAUAGCAGAGUAGUUUGUUUAUCCAAUUAAAGAAAUCAACAUAUGCUUUUUCAUUAAGCUCAUUCGAAGGCUCUUAUAUUGGUUUUAUUAUAAUGAAGUUUUACUGAAAUGAGUUCAGUUGGAGGAAUGUUUAAUAAUUGGUAUUAUGGAGUGUUGGCUAUAAUAAUUGGUACUACAAGGAAGUUUACUUAUGUUUUGUUGGAGUGGGUACAACUGAAAUUUUUUUUAUUAAUUCCUAAUUGUUGAAGGAAAUUUCACUAAUUGGCAUAACAAAGUGCUAAUAAUAAUUGUCAUUACAAUGAGGUUUACUUAAGUUUCAGUUUCUACUAGCUCUAGCUUUCCUCCAAAUCAGGGCAGCAUUAUCCCUUCAAGUGCUUCCUAAUUUGCCUUCAUUCCUCUGCGGUGGUUGCUCUUGCCGGUGUCGGGUUGCAUUUCUCCUUGGUGCGACUCCAGCUCAUUUGCAGAUGUUGCUUCCUGUGCUGCAGAGCUGAUGUUUUUCUUGUCCAUUGGUUUCGGGGAAGGAGGUUUUGUUAUCUUGCCUCUGCUUCCUCUCCCUGGUUGUCUCCUUUUUGGUUUGUUUUGCUUUCUCCCUAGUCGUGUUCCGUUAGAUCAUUUCCCACCGUGCUGGUGCUUUUCCAGUACUGUCUCAUUUAUGCAUUUGUAUCCUUUGUUUUUCCAGUCUUUGUACUGGUGUUUCCUUAAUUUAAUAUAUAUCAUCUUUAUAAAAAAAAAUUCAGUUUCACUAAAAUGGGUUCCGUUGAAGGAAAGUUUAUUAAUUUCCAACUGGAAAUGGCUUUGGGAUCUCAAUUUGCCCCCUAAACUUCGGUUUUUCGUUUGGAAGUGUGGUAAGAAUGCAAUUGCAACACGGGCGAGGCUGUUUGAACGCAAGUGUGCUCUUUGUCCUCUGUGCCCGCUGUGUGAUGAGAAUGCUGAAACCGUUAUGCACUGCUUGUUCUAUUGCCCCAAGGCAUGUGAGACUUGGUCUCGGCUUGGCCUGGUGGAUUUUUUCCCUGCUGCGGACUCCAGUUUUGCUGAUUGGUUCUUCAAUCUCAGGGAUAGAUCAUCAACGGACCAAAUUUGCAAGAUUGUGUGUACGAUGUGGAAUGUCUGGAUUGCUCGUAAUGGAAUGGUAUUUGAAGGAAAGGUGUUCUCCCCGCCUACUGUGGCAAUUCUUGCUGAUCGAGAUUCUCAAAGGGUCAAGGAAGCGUGGACUUCGGGCACGACUUCCCCUUCUUCCGGAUCAGUCGGUUUGCCUUCUCAGUCUGGGAGUUCUCGAUCGACGACCUUAUCACCGCCUGGUCCUUAUAGUAAGGUUGUGCAUUGUGAUGGUUCCUUUGUCUCUGAUGCACAGGUGGCGGCUUAUGGGAUUGCUAUUGCGAAUUCCCACGGUCAGGUUAUUGACGGGAAAGCUGAGAGAUUCUUUUGUUCUUCUCCGAUUCAAGCGGAAGCUGUUGCAAUUCUUAAUGCAGUUAUCUUGGCAGCCCUGGAUCCAGUCCCAACGUGUGUUCGAUCUGAUUGCCAGAGGUUGACGAUUGCGUUGACUCAGGAUCCGAGCCUUUGGCCUUGGCAAUGCCGGGCAACUCUUGCCCGGAUUGUUUCCAUUCUAUGUGUCUCUCCUUGGAUCGUGGUUGAGUUUGUUCCCCGUCGAUUUAAUGCCUUUGCGGAUUGGAUUGCGAGAAACGCUCGGCUUGAUCUCCUUCCUCCUGAAUGGAUUGUCAUUGCUGAUCUUGUAGCUCCAUUAUUGUAAUUGUAUUGCUUCCCACUUGUGUGGGUUUGGAAUGAAAUGAUGAUUGUUGUUGUCAAAAAAAAACUAUUGAUGGAAAGUUGUCUAUUUGGCAUCACAAAGUGCUACCUGUUGAGUUUGUUGAAUGACGUUAUAGGUGAAUUCAUUAUAGAAGCAGAUGAUAUUUCUCCUAGAAUCACUGGAUUCAGGUGCACCAGCAACGACCUUCAAUAACAUAAGACAUCUAUAGGUGCAAAGUCUUAUGUUUGGAUAUAACAAAAAAAAAAUUAUAACUAAGCUUAUCGGGCUAAUCAAUGAAAUCUUCCUCAAUAAUAUUACAAGUAAUCUAUAAUAACUCAGCAUAUAAGCCUUAACCCUCUUGGUGAAUUGACACCAGUGGAUUCUCUUACAAUGUUGGGACAUAUGUUAGCUACGUAGCUUAGCUAUGGCUUAGUUUUGAAUUCUUGAGCAUCUAUACUAUAAUUAAUUCUCUUCCCUUAAGAAUUGUAGCUAUAUCUAAAUUUCAAUUAGUUGGUAUCUCUUGUGCCUUUUAGUACUAUAAGUUCAUUUGUUUACCUAUUAGAUGUUUGAGUGUUGUCCUCCUUUGGGAACACAAAUUCAUGAUCCAUAAAAAAAAACUCGAUCUAGGAUCAUUAUGCCUAGAAAUUACAAGUAAUUUUUAGUUGUCUAUUAGGAUAAUCUCGCACUUUGAUAUUGCAAGCAAGUAUACAUGUUUAUACCUGUUUAAGUGUUAUUCAUAAUUACCUUUCAAGUUACAUAGAAAAGGCUACCCUACAAUCAAUUUCCUUUAGCAAGCUGCCUUACCUGAGGAUAAACAAACUGUAACACUUAAUCCGUGUAGUUGGAAAUUUUUAUGUUCGACAUUUUCCCACCCAAUUACAGGUUGAGGGUUACGGAUGGACUUACAUAGGUCAAUAUUCUCUGUGCAUGACUUUAAGUUUCUUAGUGAAUACUAUCAAUCAAUUAUCUUUUUAAUUCCUGCUUGCCCUAUUACCUCAUCUAUGAAUUUGUUUGAAUCUCCUGAACAUUAAAAUUUAUAAGAGACCGUGAAUUAGCUUGCACUAUCAUGUGAAGAUAUGUAUUCAGGCCAAGGCUUUAAGCUAAGAGCAGGAAUCAAUUUUAGUUAAUUUGUUUGAAUCUCUUGAGCAUUAAUUUUUUUAGUGAUUAGAGUCACCAAUUAGCAAUUGCAGUAAUAUAUAUGUGUAUAUGUAUCCCUGACAAGGCUCUAAGUUAAGAGCAUGAAUGAACUUCAAUUUCAAAUUCAGUUUUGACUGAGAUAUAAUGGAUUCUAAAGAACUAAAUGUUCAAGGACUUGAGAAUUUUCGAGGACAGGGAAUCAACAACGGAAGUUGUUUGUUAUAAGAUCAGAAUGCUCAUAUAAAGCUGGUUGAUAGCAGCACAAAAGGUCGACAUAAACGUUGUUAAAGGUUGGAAAUUGGAGAUGCAGCGUCAAUUAAUCUCCCCUUCACAUUCUGAAUACAAGACGUCAUGACUAGGAGAAGAAGCAAUGCUUCUCACUGUUGUAUUUGGCAUUUCCUAAAGGAGUCAAUCACGAGCAACUAACAUGAGGAGAAUGGUCAUGGUAUGGGACAUGCUGAAGUGUAUGCUGGCAUGUACGCUUUACUCGACGCCAUGCAUUUACCCUGCUAAUAGCAAAAGAAAGCUAUGUGAUGGCAAGAGCAGGUCUACAAUUAGAGAUGGAAACCUCGCACUGUGAUGCAGAACUGGUCAACCUUGCAACUAAAGAAGGAAGUAUGUUUUAAGUGCUUGGUUUUGGUGCUUUUUCAGUUUUUCAGUUUUGAUGAGGCUACUGCCGCUAUGGAAGAUUUCUUCCUUGCAGAGGAGUACCAAUGCUUUGUUUCUACUUUGCUGGCGUGGCUCCAAAUUUGGAUCCGUUGCUUGGCUUCACCAUGAGGAUGGUUAUACAGAACUUUGUGAUAUUUUUUUCUUUUGCUAUUUCAAAGGGGCUUCCCUGUGCUGUUGGUUUUUUUCAUGUGAUUUCCCUUUCUGCUAUAUCUUUUAACCUAUCUUAAAUUGAUAUUUAAUAAAAUUAUUUAACCCUUACCAAAAGAAAAGUAUACUCACCGUACAUCAAUUGUGUGUACAGGCUAAUUAAAUGUUUUUAGCUUUUAUAAUUUUGGAAUUUAGAAACCAAUAUGUGUAUUGAAUUGGGCAAUAUAGUGCAUUUAUAAAGUAUGAAAUUCAUAAGUGCAUACAUCAUUUUUCUGUUGUUGAUUUGAUUUAACCUGAAACUUUGAAGGUGAUGUUGCAGUUGCAGCCCACACUGUCAAGGGUUGGUGGGUUGUGCUAUGGUAGCCCAUCGGGUAGUGUUGCGAUUCAAUUCGUCUCCCUGAUUAUGAUUUAUCACUAUCACAACAUUUAUGCAUGGUGAGCCGCCAUCUAGCGAGUCAUCUACUUAGGCAUCACGCAUACCAAUCAGUUAUGGGUGUUUAAUUUUAUGGUCAUGGAAAUUGAGUUUUUUAUUGUUUUAAUUGCCUCAAACACUUAGUACGUGUGCAUUUUAUUCUUGCACGUCCAAGUUUUACACAAGUUAGUGCCAAUCCAUCUACUCAAACACUAUGAUUUGUUCCUCUCGGUGAGGGUAUCCCAAGAAUUUCUGUGUAAGAAUCUUGGAAUUUUAAAGAUGAUGGACUUUUUGAAGGAAUGGAACAAAGAUUUGACGAUCGAUGGCUAAAAAAUUGGAAUAUAUGUUGAGAGAAAAAAAACUCACUUAGUAACAAAACCCAAACAUCUCUUCAUUGGAAUAUUGUAAUUAGCUUUUUUUAGUGAUACUAUGAUAACACGAAACCAAUAUUGAUGCGGUUCUACAAUAUUAUGUCAUCUUGAUCCUGAUCAUCGCAUGUAUGCCAUGAAUUUCAUGUUCCUUAGUUUUGUUCUUCUUUGUGUGCCAUAUGUAGCUAGGUAUUAGGCAUUUUGGCCUUUUUUCCGUAACCUUCAACCACCAAUGUUGGAUUUUUGUAUUGCCUAGAAUUUAUAUAUACACAACGCUAAGUUACGAUAAUAUUAUCAAUAAAUCUACCUAUGAACUAAUUAUCACCAAUGUCAAAAUCAACCGAUAAUAAAAAUAUUAAUUUGAAAUCAUUAGUAAACUAUUUAAAAGUGU